CAUGGGGAUGUUUACUUCCGGUUUUCCCAGCCUGCAUUGCAAUAUUGAUGUCGGCUGCAAGAAGUGUAACGAUAUGGAAGACGUAGGAGACAAUCCAGGAAUUACAAUCAAACAAGAAAUCAAGCAAGAAAUCAAACAAGAAAUCAUAGAAGAUGCUUCAAAGGAGGAACCGGAAAAGGAGACACUUCCAGAAACCGUAAUUUUAAACACAGAGCUUGAGAAAUACUGGAAAGCAGUCCGAGACAAUCCGUCAGAUUUCACUGGAUGGACUUACCUCCUUCAAUAUGUGGAACAAGAGAAUAAAAUUGAGGCUGCUAGAGAGGCAUACGAUGCAUUUUUUGGCCACUAUCCCUAUUGUUAUGGUUACUGGAAAAAGUAUGCUGACAUGGAAAAGAGACACGGCAACCUAGAGAAGGCAACAGAGGUGUUUGACAAAGGAGUUGUGGCGAUUCCACUGAGCAUAGAAUUAUGGCUGCAUUAUAUCAACUUUUAUAUCGGAGAGUAUACCAGCACAGAACAGGGAGAAUCCGACAUCAGGAAGUUGUAUGAGAGAGCUUUAUCAGCUGCGGGUCAUGAUUUCCGGUCAGACAAGCUAUGGGACUCCUACAUAUCCUGGGAGAAAGAUCAGGAGCGGGUGACCGCGCUGUACACUCGACUGCUAGCCAUCCCAACACAGCUCUACAGCCAUCACUUUGACAACUUCAAACAGCAUGUUUACAUGCAUAAUCCUAAGGAGAUUUUGAGUCUAGAUGACUUCCUGAAGCUCCGACAAGAUGUUGUUGCCAAAUCUACAAACAUGGAUGAGGAAGAUGAGGAUGCAGUGCCUGUAGGAGAUGUAGCCCCUCCUGGGGAGGAAGAUGUUCCCCCGGGCAUGGAGACGGGAGGAGGAAAGGGGGAUGAAGCAGAAAUUAACAAAAUCAAAGAGAGAAUCAUUCAGAUUCAGGAGGGGACAUUCAAGAAGACAGAGGAGGAAGUCAGCAAGCGAUGGAAUUAUGAGGAAGCUAUAAAAAGACCCUACUUCCACGUGAAGCCAUUGGAGAGAUCACAACUGAAAAACUGGAGGGAAUAUUUAGACUAUGAAAUGCAAAAUGGCAACUAUACAAGAGUUGUUACUCUUUUUGAACGUUGCAUGAUUGCCAGUGCUCUCUAUGAAGAUUUCUGGAUGAAGUAUGCCAAGUACAUGGAGGACCACGGAGCAGAAGGGGUCCGCAAUGUCUAUACCCGAGCCUGUAAAGUACAUCUGCCAAAGAAACCCUAUAUCCACUUAGCUUGGGCAGCAUUUGAAGAGCGACAGGGCAACCACUCGGCUGCCUGGGAGAUUCUGGCUAAUCUAGACAAGGCUGUUCCCGGCCUAGUGAUGGUCUCCAUGAGGAGGAUCAGUCUCGAGAGGAGAACUGGAAGCAAAGAGGAUGCUGAGGCUCUGUUCCAGGAAUACAUUGAGAACGCUGCACAGCCAGAAAUCGGCUCCUACUUCUCAAUCAAGUAUGCUCGCUAUCUAUUAAAGAUUUGUGGAGAACGAGAGCAAGCCAAAAAAAUAUUAGCAGAGGCUAUCGAAAAAGACAAGGGUAACCUGAAGCUGUACCUCCAACUGAUAGACCUGGAGUACCAGAACUUUCCAGUUGACGAGGAACACAUCACAGAGGUGUUUUCUAUGAUCCUUGAGUGUGAAAACUUCCCUUUAGAAACCAAAGUUAAGAUGUCGCAGAGAAAAUUAGAAUUCCUUGAAGAUUUUGGAGGCGAAAUUUCAAAAUUAAAGGAAGCCUAUGACGAACAUCAAAAACUAAUGAAAGAUUUACAUGCUGAGCAUAAAAAGAGACCACAUGAGACAUCAGGACAUUCACAUGAGGAGCCUUCGGAGAAGAGAGCCAAGAAUGAAUCUGUACAGAACGGAGCCGGGGACAUGAGUGUGCCACCUGAUGGGGGUCAUGCCAACUACCCCUACCACUGGGGAGGAUACCAGAACUCUGGAUAUAAUUAUGCCCCUCAAUGGGGAGGACACUACGGGACUGGCUAUCACCAUGGUUACCAUCAGUCCUGACCGACAGCAGCACAGUCUCAAAGCUAGAAAAUGACAUGGACAUUCAUAACAUCACCAUGGACAUUCAUAACAUCACCAUGGACAUUCAUAACAUCACCUAAUUCAGUCCAGUUCAAAAAUGAUUACUGUGGCAAUCGUGUCUGCAAAGGAAACAAUGAACUCGGUGAAAUAAUAAUAUGAGCAAUGUUAUUUGAUGAGUAAUUCUGGAUAGUCAAAGUUUAUUCAGUGAAUCAUAAAUCAUGUCGGGCCAAUGACAAUGCAAUAAUUCGGUGAAUUUCUAGGAUUAAAUAAUGGUUGUUGCAAAUUUCAGUCAGCAAUGCCGGAGAGAAAUAGUAUUGAUGAAAUCACAGAAUGGAUAAAAUUCAGUGCUGUGUUAUGGGGUGUAGUAAUUUUUAGACAAUUCUUUGACAAAAAUAUCUUUGAAUGGUAAGCAUUGUGUGACUUUGAGCAAUUUCUACAUAUUUCUCUGACAGACUAAUGUCACAGAAAGUUCAGCGUUGUAUGAUGGUCUACAGCAAGUCCCCACUUGUGCUACCGUAGGGCACUAUAGGUUUGCACUCCGCUUGUCCGUAUUUCUGUCUGUGUCAUAUUAUCUAAUUUACUCUGUUACCUACAAUUUCCAAAUUCUGUAUACAAGUGCUUCUUGAGAUGGCAGAGAGGCACAUCAGAAUGGUAUACCAGAGGGUGGGGUUAAUAAUAGAAACUGAACCUAAUUAAUUAGGGCCCUGUAUCGGAGAUACGGGUGCCCUAAAGUAAUCACAUCUGUCUGUAUCUGGGGAUUUGUCUUAAAUUGUCUUUUCUAAAUGGAUUGAUUUUCAUAUUGGCCACAUCCUUUGACCAGAGGAAUAUGCAUUUGUCCUUGCCUUGUUUCUACACUAAUACAGAUUUCUGUCUGGAUAGUUAAAAAAGGAGUACAAUAUACGUAUCCAGAAUAACACAACAGUCAACUACGACUUGCAAUGACUGUAGAAACUGAACUGUGUUUAUGAUGUUAUUGAUACGCAGAUCGGCAUAUUGAAUGUCUGCGUUGUGUCUACUAGUUUAUGUCAUGUGCCGUAAGCUGCAUAAAGCUGCUCAAAUGUAAUGUGUAAGUACAUGUACAAACCGCAGGUUAAUCUACUAAUUUCAUUUUCUUAUGCAUAAUGCUGCUUCAUUGCAACUACUAAUUUUUCUGCUAAAUAGCAUCACCACCCUCAAACAUUGACAGUAUUGCAAGGCUUUAUUCAGAAAAGUGAAGAAAUGUUUCUAUGUCCAUCAUUUUGGGGUUGUGGGAAGUAAUGUUAGUUGCUCAGUAGGUUGAAUCACUACUCCUUGGUGAUUAUUAAAAGCGAUUUCUUGUGGUACUUUCGGUGUAAAUGGUGCGGGGGAUCAGAUUUAUGUUAUGUUGUACGAGUACAACACAUUGUUGAUGUUAACGAAAGUGUUGGAUUUUGAUUAUUGUACUAAAUUUGAAUAAAUUCAACUGAUUUUAAAAGCAUC